AGCGGGUAAAGUGAGCGGCGGCGGCGGCAGCGGCGGCAGCGCGGGGCGUUGGGUGGAGACCGCUGCCCGGACCGCGCGGACGGACGGAGCCCACGGUGCAGGGCGGGCAGCCGCGGGCGACCCCGAGCCCGUCCUCGGAGCCAUGGCCCUGAGCGAGCUGGCGCUGCUCCGCUGGCUGCAGGAGAGCCGCCACUCGCGGAAGCUCAUCCUCUUCGUCGUGUUCCUCGCGCUUCUGCUGGACAACAUGCUGCUCACGGUCGUGGUCCCUAUCAUCCCGAGUUACCUGUACAGCAUUCAUCAUGAGAAAAACGCCUCGGAACUCCAGACGUCCAGGCCAGUGCCCACGGCGUCUGCCGCAGACCGCUUCCAGCACAUCUUCUCUUAUUAUGACAACUCCAUCCUGCUCACCAAAGACAGCUCCACCCUGGUCACCAAAGAGAACUCUACCCUGGUCACUGGGACCGACACCAAAGGGACUCAGGGGCCACUGCAUGCAGCCCCCACACAGCACACGGUGACAAACGCGUCCGCUGCACCUUCGGACUGUCCCAGUGAGGACCGAGAUCUCCUGAACGAAAAUGUGCAAGUCGGCCUGCUGUUUGCCUCGAAAGCCACCACCCAGCUCCUCACCAACCCCUUCGUAGGACUGUUGACCAACAGAAUCGGCUAUCCAAUUCCAAUGUUUGCGGGAUUCUGCAUCAUGUUCGUGUCAACCAUCAUGUUCGCCUUCUCCAGCAGCUACGCCUUCCUGCUCAUCGCCAGGUCACUGCAGGGCAUCGGCUCCUCCUGCUCCUCUGUAGCUGGGAUGGGCAUGCUGGCCAGCGUGUAUACGGACGACGAGGAGAGAGGCAACGCCAUGGGCAUCGCACUGGGAGGCCUGGCCAUGGGGGUCCUAGUGGGCCCCCCCUUUGGGAGUGUGCUGUAUGAGUUUGUGGGGAAGACCGCCCCGUUCCUGGUGCUGGCUGCCUUGGUGCUCUUGGAUGGAGCUAUUCAGCUUUUUGUGCUCCAGCCGUCCCGGGUGCAGCCAGAGAGCCAGAAGGGGACGCCACUGACCACCCUGCUGAAGGACCCCUACAUCCUCAUCGCCGCAGGGUCCAUCUGCUUUGCAAACAUGGGGAUUGCCAUGCUGGAGCCAGCCCUGCCCAUCUGGAUGAUGGAGACCAUGUGUUCCCACAAGUGGCAGCUGGGCAUCGCGUUCCUGCCAGCCAGCAUCUCUUAUCUCAUCGGAACCAAUAUUUUUGGGAUGCUCGCACACAAGAUGGGGAGGUGGCUCUGUGCUCUUCUGGGAAUGAUCAUUGUCGGAGUCAGCAUUUUAUGUAUUCCUUUUGCAAGAAACAUUUACGGACUUAUAGCUCCUAACUUUGGAGUUGGUUUUGCAAUUGGCAUGGUGGACUCGUCUAUGAUGCCCAUCAUGGGCUACCUGGUGGACCUGCGGCACGUGUCUGUCUACGGGAGCGUGUAUGCCAUUGCGGACGUGGCCUUCUGUAUGGGCUAUGCCGUAGGUCCUUCUGCUGGCGGGGCUAUCGCCAAGGCAAUCGGCUUCCCAUGGCUCAUGACGAUUAUUGGAAUAAUCGAUAUCCUUUUUGCUCCUCUCUGCUUUUUCCUUCGAAGUCCACCUGCCAAGGAAGAAAAAAUGGCUAUUCUCAUGGAUCACAACUGCCCCGUUAAAACAAAAAUGUACACCCAGAACAACAUCCAGUCGUAUCCGAUGGGGGAUGAUGAAGAAUCUGAAAGUGACUGAGCUCCUCAAAAGUCGUCAGAGUAUUUAUUUGUACAAAACAGUGUUUCCCGUGAAGUGAGCCCUCCAGAACUUAGUCACACCAUCAUCCCUGGCGAAAGCAAAGCAACCGAAGGUUAACCGCUCUUCUCCGUGGUUGUGGUCGAUUGCCAACAGCCUUAUAAAGAAAAAGCAGCUUUUCUAGGGGUUUGUAUAAAUAGUGUUGAAAACUUUAUUUUCUGUAUUUGAUUUUAUUCAAUAUUAUAACAAUAUAUUUUGACGAAAUAGUGUAAAUCUAUAAAUAUUUGAAUCCAAAUCAGAUAUAAUUUUUAAAAAACUUACAUUCAUAAACACUUGGGCAAAAAAAAGCUUCUAUUUUUUUCUGAACCUUGGUAAUGAGUGUUUAAAAUGAAAGCACACGUUAUCUCCCAGACACUUCCAACACUGAGAAACUGGCAGGAAGUCGGAAAACAGAAUCAAGUAAGACAGCAUAUUAUGUAGUGACGCUGAGUGUGGUUAACUUGUAAUUACUCUCAAGAUAACUAGCUUUUAGUUCAUAAAUAUCUUAAAUGCGGAGGACAGGAGCUGGGGUCCGUCGUCUUUUGACUUACCCAUAAAUCGUAGCUGGCAUUAGUUUUGUAUGUAAUCAUCUACCUGGAAACAGAUGGAUUCAAAUUACAUGUUUACACGUGGCUAGCAGCAGGCACUCGAGCCAAUAGGGGAAAACAGAAAAUGUUCUGAAAGCAGAGAAAAGCACCCAAAGUAUAGGGACAGAACUAGCUUUCUCUUUAAAAUAUUUAUUUGAUUGUCUUACUGGACGAGACGAUGGAGAAUCGAUACCCUCAUACUGGCAAGACUGUUUACACAGGAUAUUAGCAUCCAGUUCAAGUUUUAGAAACGUAAAAGGCUAAUGGCUGCUAUGACGUGAAAAAAUCAGACAACUUAUCUUUGACCUGUUAAGAGGUCAUCCAAGUAUUUUCUUGGAAUCUGUUAAAUUUUUAUCUGUAACUAUUAUUUUUUAGCCUUCUGAAAGUUGUUCAAAUCAACAGAUUUUAAACGAAGAUGGAAGAAAGAAAUUAUCUUGAAUCACGUUAGGGAAAACGGGUUAAAAAAAAAAAAGUGGUCAGGACACAUCCCCUUUCAAAGACCGAAAACCCCAAACAUCUAGAAAUGUGUAUGUAUUCUUGUAUCAUCUAGUCUAGUGUCGUGUACCGUGGUUUUUCUAAGCAUGACAACAUUGAUGUGCCUUUUCAACAGCAAAUGCUGUGUUAGCGUUGUCAGUGGACAUCAGGUUUUGUAGGAGAUGUGAUCGGAGCGUGCAGAUAGUGUAGAAUGUCUCAAAUACUUGUGAACUCUGUAAUCAACAAAAAUUACCCAAUGUCUGUUCUUUGUGAAGCUAAAAUUGUGUUUCUGUUAACUCGGACAAGGAGCAAAGAACUUGAGAACAAGGACUCCUCAACCUUGUAAUUCUCUCGAAGUAGCUAAUCCGGUUUCCAUGUGCUUUGUGAAGCUUCCCUGUGGGGUUUUGAAUGUGAAAUCUGGUUUUCAAGUGCAAUGUGUUGGAAGCAAAUAAGCUUCCCAUAUCUGAACUGGGCAACUUCAACAAAUCCGGACUCUCUCAAGACAGCCCUGGAAGCACUCUCCUGUGGCUAACAGAGCAGGACUGUUUUCUACUCCCAUAGGUGGACCCCCUUGAUGAACGGGCUACGAAUCAAGUCUCUCAGAGGGCUUGUGGCCCUCCUUGACCGCAUGCUUUAUCCCAUUUUCAUUUUUGCCUUUAAGGCUUCAGUCUCCUCAAGAAUGACUGGCAGAGGCAAGCUCACUGUUGAUCUCUAGAGAGAACAGAAAAGAUGUUUUUCAGAACUGUUUUGGGAGCAAAGGUAGGAAUUGUAUCUGAGGGGGUAAAAUUGCGAGGUCUUUUCUAGGACUAAUAUUCUGGGGUUAGCAAGACUGUUAAGUGAGGUUUGUUUCUCGUUUUUUUUUUUUUCCAACCUGUGUAUCAGAACAAAGAACAGGCAGCUCCCUGAAUGUUUUAUUUUUUUGAGCAGAGGUGGGUUUGUAGAUAUAUACCUGGCAAGAUAGAUACAAAAACGUUAAUGAGGUGGCAGAGAAUAUUCGCUUCUUUCCUUUGACUGCUGAGUGUAUGUGCUUGUUUCAGCUAGUUUCCUUAAUAAACCUUCUCAACAGUA